GAGAAGGACGUUGAGCGCGUUUGACUGAAAGAGACUCGAGCGCUAAACCUGCUCACAGGAUCAUUUUUACCGAAUAAAAAAUAUUCUUUGACUUCAAAUGACUAUUUCUCAUGAAACACGUCUGUAAUUAUGUAUCACGGUUAUAAAUAAACGAAAUCAUCGGGGAAAACUGGAAUAUGCCUCCACCUGACAUCCAAAGGUAACAUUUCCUCAGAAAACGAAUUUGUGUUUUACGCGAGAAACUGACACAAGUGAGCGGUUUUAAGUUAUAUUAAAUAAUAAUCCAGAGGAGAUACUGAUACUGAGUUUGUUCCGGGGAACUCAGUGGCUUGUUAGUAGGCUAUAUAAAGAUAAUUGUGCGUCAAGUUGGGAUGAUGAGAGUUUGUCCGCUCCGUCUGUUCAUGUUCAUGGAGUUUAUAAGCGGGAGCCGCUAGAAUGGAAACCGUGAUUGAUGAAACGGAGGCCUUACAGAGAUUCUUCGAAGGUCAUGAUAUUAACAGCUCUUUGGAGCCAACAAACUUUGACACAAGUAUCCUGGAGGAAUACAUCAGCAAAGAGGACGACAGCACUGACAUUUGUUUCACAGAGGUCCACAGCACCCCGGGACCCCAGUAUCCCUCGCCCCAGGCCGGGGCAUCCUCUUCAGGGGGGGUAGGGUGUGGCGUGAGCCCCCCCAUCCCCCUGCGCCAGGGCGCCGUCCCGUCUCUGCCCCAGCCCUUUCAGAACCCCUACCCGCCUCCACCGCCGCUGGGCCACCUCAGACACAACUACUCCUGCCUGGGGCAACAGCAAAGCCAAACACCCCAACACCAACAGCCACACGUCAAACCAGACCACCGCGGACAGUACGCACCGGGAACUCUACCCGAGUCCCCUCCUGACUCCAGUUCAGAGCCAUAUUCACCCCAGCAAGCCAACGAUCCGCACAUGCUCAGGACAAUGACGCCCGAGAACAUGUGUCACAUGACCAGUCCUCCGCCUCUCCCCACACACCCCCACUAUCCCAGCAUGCACCGGGACAUGUACCUUAAGCCAGAGCCCAUGAUUUCGCAGUAUCCAAUUGGUCCAGGCAGUGGCGGGGGCGGAGACAUGCAACAGAGUCAGAUGCUACAUCAACUCCUGCAACAUCCACAAGGACCUGAUGGGAUUCCAGUACAUCCGGCAAAGAAGAGAAAACAUUCAGACUCUCCCAACAGCACUCUCAACUCUCAGAUCCUCACAGGCAUCAUCAAACAAGAGCCAGGUUUGAUGCAGGAUGCAGAAAACUCAUACCUGGAUCCAAACUACCAGUGCAUAAAGUGGCAGCCGCACCAGCAGAACAAAUGGACUACAAUAUACGACUCCAGUGGAAAAGAACUUCCGAUGCCUACAUAUAGGGUGGACGCAGAUAAGGGUUUUAACUUCUCCUUGGCUGAUGAUGCAUUUGUGUGUCAGAAGAAGAACCACUUCCAGGUGACCGUGUACAUCGGGAUGCCAGGAGAUCCCAACUAUAUCAAGACCAGCGAGGGGCUACAGCCCAUUGAAUGCUUUUACCUGAAACUCAAUGGGGUCAAGUUGGAAGCGAUGAAUCAGUCCAUUAAUGUGGAACAGUCACAGUCUGACCGGAGUAAAAGACCCUUUAAACCAGUAUUAGUGACAUUGCCACCAGAGCAGGUGACCAAAGUAACAGUGGGUCGUCUCCACUUCAGCGAGACCACAGCCAAUAACAUGAGAAAGAAAGGCAAACCAAACCCUGACCAGAGGUACUUCAUGCUGGUGGUAGCUAUUCAGGCUCAGUGUCACAGUCAGAGCUUCACGGUGGCGGCUCACGUCUCCGAGAGGAUCAUCGUCAGGGCGUCUAACCCGGGUCAAUUUGAGAGUGACAGUGAAGUGUUGUGGCAAAGAGGGCAGAUGCCGGACUCUGUAUACCAUCACGGCCGAGUCGGCAUCAAUACGGACCGGCCAGAUGAGGCUCUGGUUGUACACGGCAAUGUGAAGGUCAUGGGUUCCCUUGUGCAUCCUUCCGAUAUUAGAGCCAAGGAGAAUGUGAAGGAGGUGGACACCACUGAUAACCUGAGGCGGAUUUCCCAAAUGAGGCUGGUGCAUUAUCAGUAUAAGCCUGAGUUUGCAGCCACAGUGGGCAUUGAUACCACUUCUGAGACCGGGGUGAUCGCUCAGGAGGUCCAGCAGAUUCUGCCGGAGGCUGUGAAGGAGGGAGGAGACGUGGUGUGUGCUAACGGAGAGACCAUCCCUAAUCUACUGGUGGUCAAUAAAGAGCGGAUCUUUAUGGAGAACGUGGGAGCGGUGAAGGAACUCUGCAAACUCACUGAUAAUCUGGAGACUCGCAUUGACGAGCUUGAACGCUGGAGCCGAAAACUCGCCAAACUGCGCCGGCUAGACAGCAUGAAGAGCACCGUCAGCGGAGGCACAGUCAGUCAAUCAGGAAGCUACUUUAGCAGAACAGGAAGUGGCCCACUCAAGAAAAAAACUGCUAAGCCAGGAAGCAAGCGGUCCAUCCCGGAGCAGAGCUGCCUGAGUCACAGAUUCAUGCAGGGCACCAUCCUGGCGCUGGUCAUCAUUAUGGCCUUCAGUGUCAUCUCCAUGUCCAUCCUCUAUGUGCUCAAUCUUCAACACCAUGGAAGCAUAAGUGAUGUUGAGGGUGUCGUUUGUGGCUCUGCGUCCCGCUGCCUUCUCUUCGUCUCUUGGACGCCCUUCCUCACUGUAACCGUCACAUUCUGUCCAUCCUUCUGUCUGUGCAGGUCUCGUUCUGCUUUGGGUUCGGCUCGUCAGGCUUCUUUCUCCCCUGCCAGAGUGACCACAUCCACUUUCUCCCCAGACUCCACCGCCCCAUCAUUGUCCAAUCACCCGCCCUGCUGCCCUCCAACACCUGCCACAACCAACCAAUCAGCCACUAUCAGUCUGUUGCCAAGCAACAACCAAUCCACUCCAGACUCCAGCACUGGUGUUCCCACCCAGGCCACUAUUAACAAGAAGGCAAAGUCUCGGCCGCUGGACAAAGACAACUGGAAUAAGAACCGUUUGAGUCACACGUCAGCUCCUCUGUUCCUCAGUAAAGGCAAACGGCCGCCUCAACCUCCAGAGCUGAGCGGAGCAACCAAAGGGAUAGUCAAACGGGAUGUAAGAGUGAAGACGACGUCGUGUCCUCACGGUGCUCUGAGUACAGUUUCCUCAUUCAAACCACAUGCUAAGCAGUGUCAAGAUUCAUGCUAUUUAGCUUCGACUUCUCCUGUGUCCACUCGUAUCGCCGCCCCAGAUUCAAAGACUGUUUUAUCUGGCUGA